AUCCAUAUAAACCUUGGGAGGAUCCUCUGAAAAGAGGAAACAGACCCGCCAUUUUCCUACGAGCCUUUUAAACCCAGCAGGGGGAGGCGAGAUCCGAGAGGAGAGCCACUGAGGAGGAAAAGGGGGAGUUAAGAGAGGGAGAGGAGAGUGCGUGACUGAGGGGUUAAGAGAGAGAGAGAGCGAGAGAGGGAGAGAGAGAGGACGCUGCCGCCGUUAAUAGAGGAGGAAACGUUAGUCAGGUGGCGGAACAGUGCACAUCCCAGGGACUACAGCACUGCCGUUGGAUUUAACCGCCCGAGCAUAUUUCCCCCCUCUUUUUUUGUUUUCCCCCUUUUUCUGUUUGUUUAAAACUGCGAGGAUGUCUGGACAGAGCAUAACGGACCGGAUAACGGCAGCGCAACACAGUGUUACCGGUUCCGCGGUGUCCAAAACGGUGUGCAAGGCGACCACGCACGAAGUCAUGGGGCCAAAGAAGAAGCAUUUGGACUAUCUGAUCCAGUGCACCAAUGAGAUGAAUGUGAACAUCCCUCAGCUGGCCGACACGCUGUUCGAGCGCACCACCAACACCAGCUGGGUGGUCGUGUUCAAAUCCCUCAUCACCACACACCACAUUAUGGUUUACGGCAACGAGAGAUUUGUACAAUAUCUGGCCUCCAGGAACACAUUAUUCAACCUCAGUAAUUUUUUGGACAAAAGCGGGUUACAAGGAUAUGACAUGUCCACCUUCAUCCGGAGGUACAGCCGGUACCUGAACGAAAAGGCAGUCUCAUACAGACAAGUGGCUUUUGACUUCACGAAAGUAAAAAGAGGGGCCGAUGGAGUAAUGAGAACUAUGAACACGGAGAAACUCCUAAAGACCAUCCCUAUCAUCCAAAACCAGAUGGAUGCACUCCUCGACUUCAACGUAAAUGCCAACGAGCUCACAAACGGGGUCAUUAACGCUGCAUUCAUGCUUCUGUUUAAAGACGCCAUCCGUCUGUUCGCGGCCUACAAUGAAGGGAUCAUCAACUUGCUUGAGAAGUACUUUGACAUGAAGAAAGCCCAGUGUAAAGAAGGCCUGGACAUCUAUAAGAAAUUCCUCACUCGAAUGACGAGAAUCUCAGAGUUUCUCAAAGUGGCAGAGCAAGUGGGAAUCGACCGAGGCGACAUACCAGACCUGUCACAGUUUACAGUUUGUGCCCCCAGUAGCCUUCUGGACGCCCUUGAGCAGCAUUUGGCUUCAUUAGAGGGGAAAAAGGUCAAAGACUCCACGGCCGCCAGCAGGGCCAGUACGCUGUCCAAUGCAGUGUCCUCCCUGGCCAACACGGGUAUCUCUUUCACCAAAGUCGAUGAGAGGGAAAAGCAGGCAGCUCUGGAUGAGGAGCAGGCUCGAUUAAAAGCACUUAAGGAACAGCGUCUAAAGGAACUGUCCAAGAAGCCCUCCACAUCCUCCACAACCGCUGCGUCUCCCGUUUCUACAGCGACGGGCACCAUCAGUUCCACCCCAGCCAUUGACCUGUUCUCCACACCCAGUAGCUUCAAUAACAGUACUCCGAAGGUGCCGAGCGAUCUUUUGGACCUGCAGCCUGCGUUCCAGCCCUCCCUGCCUCUCUCCACCGGCCUGCCUUUAGCCAACACAUGGGGAGAUCCUUUCACGUCUACAGAGGCUCUUGACGACUCCAUUCCAAACUUAAAUCCUUUCCUUACAAAAGCAGUUGUUGAUCCUGUCCAUCUGCCUGUUGUGUCUUCAGAUGCUGUUAGUUUUUCUUCUAGGACACCCAGUCAUGAAAUGUUCGGUGAUAAUUACAAUCCCUUUAUUGAUUCGAGCUGUUCCGUUGCGUCCCCCGUCGAGCCCUCUGCUCGGAUGGGCUGCUUCCUCUCAGACUCGUUCUGCUCUCCGGCUGCCUACCCUAACACUCCUCUCUUCCACUCUGAGCCCUCCGCUGUAGCUGGACUAUUCGGAGGGUUCUCUGCACCUCCCGCCACCCAGCCUCCCAGUUCGACAGGCCUUAAUGUCGACUUCGACUCUGUAUUCGGCAAUAAGUCGGCCGCCAACAGCACAGACUCAGCCGAUGAUAUUUUAGGUGGCAUCCUGAAACCCACAGUGGCCUCUCCCAACCAGGGCCUAACGCCCAGCGCCCAACAGCCAGGCAAACUGGUUUCCGAUGACUUGGAUUCCUCCCUUGCCAACCUUGUGGGAAAUCUCGGUAUUGGAAAUGGAACAGCAAAGAAUGACAUUCAUUGGAGUCAACCUGGUGAAAAGAAGUUGACUGGAGGAACCAACUGGCAACCAAAGACGGCUCCGACCACAACAUGGAACCCUGCCACCAUGAAUGGCAUGCUUUUCCCACAAUACGCUCCUUCUGUCAUGGCCUUCCCUGCAACGACGCCCACAGGAAUGAUGGGAUACCCAAUGCCCCCUCAAAUGGGCUCCAUGGCUAUGAUGACCCAGCCUACAAUGAUGUACACUCAGCCUGUGAUGCGUCCGGCCAAUCCCUUCGGCCCGGUCUCAGGGGCACAGCUCUCUACAGCCUCUAGUCCUUCCAGUUCAAGUCCUCUCAGAGCUCCAGGACAGGACCCUUUUGCACAGCUGUCUCUGAAGGAUUUCCUUUAGAGCGUCUUUAGAUGCAGUUCAUGUAGGAGAAGGAGGGUCGAAGCUUCCCAAGAAUGAAUUACACGGCAAAUCUCAAACCUUUAAUCUCUCUCCAGUUGGCUUUUCGACUCUUCACGGAGAGUUCUGCCCCAGUACACACCUGUACAGGAAUCAGCGGGAGGGUGGGAGGGCUUUAUGGGAUACGAUGGGUGGGGUUGGGAGGGGUUCGGCUCUUGUUGCAGAGAGAUGGAGGACACAGCGCUCAUUUUGUAAUUUGUCGCGCUAAAAGUUAUUGUACCGUCUAUAACGAAACACGUGGGUGUUGAGAGAGCGCCAGUGCCGGAAUGUGGUGGGUUUUCACGCAAACACAGCUUCACUUUUUCCCAUGGAAUGCAAAAAGAGGGAUCAGGGAGGGAUUUCUUCUGUCUUUAUCCGAUCACCAAUCAAGCAUUACCUGAUUUAACCAUCACCAAUUAGAAAUUCUAACAUCGGUUUCUAUUAUUUCUACUUUUUUUAUGUUAUGACGUUUGCAGUAGACAUUCCUUGUGUAUUGUCUGUAUUUAUUUAUGAUUUACCCACUGAGGACAUGAAAGAAAUGAAUCAUCCUUUUUCUUUUUUCUUUUGAACUUUGUCUUUCGAAUUAUGCAUUCAUAUGGGUAUGAUUGGUUGUAUAAUUCGGAUUUUGUGUGACUGAAUUAUAAAAAAAAUAUAUAUAAUAUAAAAUUGGGGGGAAAAGGACACCUAUAAACUGACCGAUACAGCACUAAGUAUUCUCAAAAGCAGUUUUAUGUCUAGUGCAAUUUCUUUGUAGCUCAAACGCUCACCGCCCUCCAUUCGUAACGGACAUAGGAGUAAAUAUACAAUUCAUUAUGCCACAUAGUCAGUUCUGUGCCCCGGGGAGGGGGGUUAAGCGGGUGGGUGCAUUUUCGUGAGAGAGCAUUUAGCAAAGCACUACAUUUGUGAUUCUGCGACAUUGCAUUUGGGGAAGAUCUGUAUUGCUUUCUGCUUGGCAUGUCAUUAUUUUACAUUUGACAGUUAUAUGGCUGCCUUUUCAACCUGAAUGUGCAGAGUCGCCUUCAUUUUCGGGCCAUCUGGGAGAAGAUCAUUUUUGUGUGUGUGUGUGUGUGUGUGUGUGUGUGUGUGUGUGAGAGAAUGUGAAUGUGAGGAAGAAACGCAGGUUGCUGUCAGUAUCGGGAUGGGGUCGGUAGUGUCUAGCUGUCCAAUAAAGUGACAAAAGGGGGCGCUGUUGAUCAGUGCCCUGUGUACAUAAACAGGCCCUGUCCAAUAGGGAAGUACACAAAAGGUGGUCCGAAUAUGAGGGCGAUUCUAUCCAUUGAUUUAGCAUAUUUACUGCAUCAUCCCUGCAGAUUAUAUUUUGUUUAUAUGACAAAAAAAUGAAGCAGAAUUUGGGUGAUUUUCAAAUAAAGUGCAGCUUCCACAGAA